AUGGAUAUGCAAGGAAAGCCCAUUGGAAACUCGACUGGUGGCACCAAGGUCACCACCGACCCAGCCAGCAACAACCCCCGUCAGGAAGGCACCGGCGCCGUGACUAACGACUCUCUAGCCGCGGAAUCCGUUCGACAAGGCGGCGCAUUCUCCCAAAAUCCCAACAGCGAGCCCCUGGGCGUCUCAGGCCCCAACUCCACCUUCAACAACACUGACACCUCCGGCGCCAACACCCUCCGCUCCGCUGCACAUGCCGGAGAUCGCGACACAGACCGCAAAGAGCGUUACCCAGAUGCUCUAGGAGGUCAGGGCAAAUAUCCUGGUGCUCACCUACCGGAAUCCGGAUACGCAGGUGGCUCAACGCAGGCUAAACGUGAGCUCGGUAUUGGCGGUCACCAGCAUCAAUACCACACCACUGAACGUGCUACCGCCGGAGCCGCAGCCGGUGGUAGCGGUGGUUUCCGUAGUAAACAUAACGGCGGCACUGCACCAAGCUACGUGACCCCCGUCGUCCAGAACGUGGGCAACACCAAGCCAAAAGGCGUCAACAUCAAAGAAGGCGGCUUCGACAGCAAUUCAAAGAACAACGCCAGUUUCAACUCGGAUAUUGGUACCAAGAACGAUCCCGGUCGUCUUGCUGAGCAAAAGUUCCAGAAAGUCACGGCCGAAAGUGGCGCGAAUGCUGCUUAUACCAACCCUACCAUGGAUGCGAAUCAGCCUUAUGGCAAUCUAGAGUCUGACCAGCGCAUUUAA